AUGCAAUUGUCCUUAUUGGCACCACUUUUGUGCCUUUUGCCGGCCAACGCGUUGGUCAUCCCCGAUGCGGCUUCGGUGCUUUCGCAGCUCUCUCUUUCUACGGAAAAAUCCGUUCAGAUUCCAUUCUUGCUGCUGUGGUUCAGCUCCACUGACAAGUCCGAAAAGGAAGAAGCCAAUUUCGAAAAAUGGCUCGCUUCUCAGAAGAACCAAUCAUUCCACUACAUUUUGCAGAACAUAGGUGGAAUUCUGACGGUCUUGGACACUAAGGAGGUCGCUCCAGGUGUCGUGAUAGCGUCUCCACUGAAGAACCAUCCGAAUUACUUUUACAAUUGGAUUCGUGACUCGGCACUCACCAUCCGGUCCUUGAUUUCCCAGUUGGAAGAUGAUCCAUCUGGAGAUUCCGACUACUUGAAGAAGGUUAUUGAGGACUACAUCCUGGUGAACUAUCACCUCCAAAGACUCCCUAACAAGUCGGGUAAGUUUGAUGACAACACUAGAUCAGGCUUGGGCGAACCAAAAUUCAUGGCUGAUGGUACUACCUUUGAUGAGCAUUGGGGUAGACCACAGAGCGACGGCCCUGGCUUGCGUGUUGUGACUAUUACCGAUUACCUCGAUCUCUUGGAGAAGAGAAACGAAGUUGUUCACAGCGACUUCUUGGGAAACCGUACAUUCAUCUACAGAGAAAUCGUCAAGCCUGACUUAGAAUAUGUCCUCGCUAACUGGAACAUCGAGGCUUUUGAUUUGUGGGAAGAGAUCGAUGCAUUGCACUUCUUCAACUCUUUAACUAUGAUGCGGGCAUUGAGUGAGGGACGUCGUUUGGCAGAGGCCGAAGACGAGACCGCUGAGUUCAUCAAUAGAUUGGAUGAAACCUUUAAGAACCUCAAAUCUUUCAUCACAGACCCUAGAACUGGCUUUGCUCCUUCCACACUGCCAUUUAUUGUCGAGACCCCCAAAUUGAAGCAACAAGGUAGAAGGGGUGGUCUUGACGCCGCAACUUUGCUUGCCGCCCUUCACUCCCAUGAGGUCGACGGAAGAGACACCAACACCAUUCCGUUUGAUGUUGAUGACCAUCGUAUUUUGAACACUCUUUUGUACAUGGUAUCCGACAUGAAGUACAGGUACCCAGUCAACCAUGACAACAUCCGGAUCGAGCAGAAUAUUGGUGUUGGCUUGGGUCGUUAUCCUGAGGAUGUGUACGACGGGUACGGGACAUCCGAAGGAAACCCAUGGUUCAUCUCUACUGCCUCUGCCGCUGAGGUUGUGUUACGUAUGAUCUACAAAACUCUCGAGAAAAAGUCGGAUCUCGUCAUUUCUUCCAACAACAGAGAAUUUUUCUCUGUAUUCAUGAAGGAUUUGUUCGAGAACCAAAUGCCUGAUGGAAACAUCGUCCUUCCAUACGGCAGUCAAAGGUACAAGCUGUUGAUGUAUGGAUUGUACGACUACUCGGACACAUUUUUAAAGGUCAUUAUGAAUCAUGUAGAUUCUAACAACGGUCGCAUGUCGGAGCAAUUCAAUAAGUUUGACGGGUACAUGCAAGGUGCAGAGGAUUUGACCUGGUCGUACCUGUCCUUCUACAACUGUGCAAGAUGGAGACUGAAGGUCUACGGCCUCAUUCUGAACAUGGCCUAA